AUAAAUAGAGGCGAGGAGCAGCUGGGCUCUCUUGGCAGUCACCAUGAGGGCGCUGGUCCUGCUCGGCUGCCUCCUGGCCUCUCUCCUGCUCUCAGGACAAGCAGAACUGCAAGUCUCCGCGUCGGGUGGCACAGAGGAUGUUGGCAAUUUGUUGGAGAAUCAUUUCUCUGCUGGAGACGCAAGUCUAGAGGAGAAAGAAAGGGCGCUUUAUGCAGACACAGCCCCUCAAGACAAGAAACUGCUCCUUCACUGCCCAGAUGGCAGGGAGGCCGAGAGCCCCGAGAAGACCCCCGUGUCUGCCCCUGGCCCGGGCUCCGAUCCUGAAGCCAGCCUUUCCAAUGCCUCAGCCACAGAGUCACCUCCACCUGGGGAAAAGGACAACAGGGACUCUGCGGGGCCUGGGGAGAAAAAGAAUGGCCCACCAGUGGCAAGCGCCCUCCCUCCAGGAGGGACCGAGGGGCCUGUGGAAGAGGAGUGGCCGGAGCCCAGUUCUGGAGAGGGAAUAGCAGAGGAGGAGACUGGGCUUGGGCUCCCCACGGAGGGAGCUGCCAGUGGAGAGGGAGGAGAACAGGCUGGGGGCCAUGAACUCCCUGAGGAAGUCCAGGAGGUCCCAGGGGACAGCCCGGUGCAGGAAGCAGUGGCAGGGACAGCAGAGCCAGAGGCAGAGGGGGCCUCUCCUCGCUCAGAGGGUGAUGGGUUCUACUCACUGAACACAGAGGCCGAGGGCAGCCCUGGCCCUGGCCAGGAGCCUGCAGUGCCAGAGGGAGCCCCUGAUGUGGCGACUAUUGUGCGAGAGUCGGAGCCGGAUAUUGACACAGAAGCCAGUGAGGGCACCGAGGACCAGGGGGAGCCCGGCCCAGCUGCAGAGGCCAGUGCAGAGCCUGGGGGCGCCCAGAGCGCCAAGGCAGGGGACACUGAGGAGAACCAGGCCCCCGAGAUGACCGAGGAGGACGCAGAUGAGGCCUCCUCUGAAGAGGAAAGUGGCGAUGGAGGUGAAAGCGAGGAAGAAGGAGGAGUUCCCUCUGAAGAGGAGUCUGAAGAGGACAGCGGCAAUCGGGCUAGCUCAGAAGAAGCAGAGGGCACCUCUGAGGAGGCCACGCAGACCCAGGAGGCCGAGGAGCCCCAGGAAGCCAGGGAACCCCAGGAAGGCAGGGAUCUCCAGGAAGCCGAGGAGCCCCAGGAAGGUGGAGCGCCACAGGAAAGUGGGGAGCCCCAGGAAGAUGGGGAGCCCCAGGAAGAUGGGGAGCCCCAGGAAGCUGGGGAGCCUCAGGAAGGUGGAGCGCCACAGGAAAGUGGGGAGCCCCAGGAAGGUGGGGAGCCUCAGGAAGCUGGGGAACCUCAGGAAGGUGGAGCGCCACAGGAAAGUGGGGAGCCCCAGGAAGCUGGGGAGCCCCACGAAGGCGGAGAUCUCCAGGAAGCUGGGGAGCCCCAGGAAGGUGGGGAGCUUCAGGAAGCUGGGGAGCCCCAGGAAGGCGGGGAGCUUCAGGAAGCCACAGAAACCACAAGCCACAGGGACAGAGGGGUCCAGCCUGGCUCGGAGGAAUUGAAUACGGAGUCCGUGGGCAGUGAGACCCUGGACAUGAAGGCAGAGGAGCCCAAGGAGGGACAUCAGGGGAGGGAGAGUCCCAUCGUUGCUGCUCAGGAAGAGACGGAGGAUGCAAAUGAAGAAGCCCCACUGAGGGACCGCUCCCACAUCGAGAAGACCCUCAUGCUGAAUGAGGACAAGCCAUCUGAUGACUACUCUGCGGUGCUUCAGCGGCUUCGGAAGAUCUACCACUCAUCCAUCAAGCCCCUGGAGCAGUCCUACAAGUACAAUGAGCUCCGGCAGCAUGAGAUCACAGAUGGAGAGAUUACCUCCAAGCCCAUGGUGCUGUUCCUGGGACCGUGGAGUGUUGGUAAAUCUACCAUGAUAAACUACCUCCUUGGGCUGGAAAAUACUCGCUAUCAGCUCUAUACAGGCGCCGAACCCACCACCUCUGAGUUCACGGUCCUCAUGCACGGGCCCAAGCUGAAAACCAUCGAGGGCAUCGUCAUGGCUGCUGACAGCGCCCGCUCCUUCUCACCCCUUGAGAAGUUUGGCCAGAAUUUCCUAGAGAAGCUGAUUGGCAUUGAGGUUCCCCACAAACUUCUGGAGAGGGUCACUUUUGUGGACACACCAGGCAUCAUCGAGAACCGCAAGCAGCAAGAAAGAGGGUAUCCCUUCAACGACGUGUGCCAGUGGUUCAUCGACAGAGCUGACCUCAUCUUUGUCGUCUUUGACCCAACCAAGCUGGAUGUGGGUCUGGAGCUGGAGAUGCUCUUCCGCCAGUUGAAGGGGCGUGAAUCUCAGAUAAGGAUCAUCCUGAACAAGGCUGACAAUCUGGCCACCCAAAUGCUCAUGCGGGUUUACGGGGCCCUCUUCUGGAGCCUGGCCCCUCUCAUCAAUGUCACAGAGCCCCCAAGGGUUUACGUCAGCUCCUUCUGGCCGCAAGAGUAUAAGCCAGACACCCAUCAGGAACUGUUCCUCCAAGAAGAGAUCUCCCUCCUGGAAGACCUGAAUCAGGUGAUCGAGAACAGAUUGGAGAACAAGAUUGCCUUCAUCCGCCAGCACGCCAUCCGGGUCCGCAUCCACGCCCUCCUGGUUGACCGCUACCUGCAGACUUACAAGGACAAAAUGACCUUCUUCAGUGACGGAGAACUGGUCUUUAAGGACAUUGUGGAAGAUCCUGAUAAAUUCUACAUCUUCAAGACCAUCCUGGCAAAGACCAAUGUCAGCAAAUUUGACCUUCCCAACCGUGAGGCCUAUAAGGACUUCUUUGGCAUCAAUCCCAUUUCCAGUUUCAAACUGCUCUCCCAGCAGUGCUCCUACAUGGGAGGUUGCUUUCUGGAGAAGAUUGAGCGGGCCAUCACUCAGGAGCUUCCGGGCCUCCUGGGUAGCCUCGGGCUAGGGAAGAAUCCAGGUGCUCUCAACUGUGACAAAACAGGGUGUAGCGAAACCCCAAAAAAUCGCUACAGGAAGCACUAGGUGGUAUAGCGGUUCUUGGGUUCCUGUUGGUGAAUGAGCUUGUGUCCUGUCUGAGAAGUCCCGGUUUAUUAACCCUUUGAGCCACAGUGGCAGGAAUUAUUACAUAGUGGAGAUUUGGGAGUUCAUUGAGGCCAGGGGUCGGGGCAGGUGCGUGGGUCUAGGGAGGAGAGUGGAAACUGUGAAUUCUAGCGUGCUUGUCUUGUCGCUUCAAUGAGGAGGCCUGAUUGAGGCAAGUCAGCCUCCACCUGCUUUUCCUGGGUCCUGUCUUGGAAGGACAGAGAGCAGCUAAAUUGUAGUGUGUCUUCAAUCAGUGAGGGUCAAAAAAGCGAAAAGCAGCUGAAAUUCCUUGUCCCCUGGGAGCUGGGAAAACAGCGAAGGCCUGAGUCGUAGAGAUUGUCAGGUCCCUUUUGGCUUCUUUCCACACCCACAGUCUCGCGUUUGUUCCCUUGGCUGCCUCUUAACUUUGGGCUGACUUUCAACAGUGAACAAUCUCUUGGGUCUGAAUAUACCUGGGUUUGUUUUUGUUUUUUUUGAAACGGAGUCUCACUCUGUCGUCCAAGCUGGAGCGCAGUGGCGCCAUCUCAGCUCACUGCAACCUCCACCUCCUGGGUUCAAGCGAUUCUCCUGCCUCGGGCUCCCUAGUAGCUGAGAUUAUAGGCCUACUACCACGCCCAGCUAAUUUUUGUAUUUUUAGUAGAAAUGGGGCUUCACUAUGUUGCCCAGGCUGGCCUCAAACUCCUGACCUCAAGUGAUCCACAUGCCUCGGCCUUCCAAAGUGCUGGGAUUACAGGCAUGAGCUGCCGCACCCGGCCUCCACCUGGGUUUUGAGCCAAUCCCCAGGACUUGCUCCUGGUUUCUUCAAGGGGUGGGGCAGUGGUUUAGGACACUAGACAAGUAAGAACAGGAGUUCCCAGGAAGGACGGGGAUCUGCCUCCCCCACUGCCACUUCUCUGGUGUGUUCCUCAAAGCCAGCUUGGCUCAGGGGCACGAUCCCCAGAAGGAGGGGACUGGUUGGUGUAUCCAGGUAAUUUACUCUUGGAAGUCACUUUAGUGAAGGUCGUGGAAGGGCUCAGAGGGUUAAUUGGUUUGCAGUGUGUCUUUGUCUAUUGCAUGUCUUGGAAAACUCAGAUCCCAAAGGCGCUGGGUUUCAGAGAGGACAGUGGAGACUUUGCUCCUUUUCCUUAGGCCGCCAGUCUCUCCCAAAUUUCAGAGGAGGCUGUUCCACGACUCCCCUGUGGAAACACUCAGCAGCGGAGUUGCUCCUUCACAGUUUCCACAUCACGGCUUUUCCUUUCCUUUCUUCUCCAUUCCCUGAUGCAUCAACACUUAAAACUCGGAGCAAUUUCCUAGGAGUCAGAACCAGCACCAGCCACUCGGUGUCGGCGGCUACCAAGGCUUAACAUUGACCUUCCCGCCUGACCUUGACACAGAUGUCCACUGAACACACCGCAGGAAAGCCAGGGCCUUCAGUACCGAUGAGUGUGAAUAUGUGUGUAUGUUGGCCAAGAGAUAUUAGGGAGAUCACAUAGGCUCGAGGGAGUAGAGAGCUUGUAACAGUCUUGCAAGGCUAUAGCAUGCACGGCUCUGCAGCAGGUGGUGGGGAGCAGAGGAGCAGGCCCCACAGGGAAGAAGCAGCCUUUGGAUGGUGAAAUGUGCAUGGUGCACAGUCUGUGCACGCCCAGGAGACCCAGCCCGGGCUGCCUCGAGGGACUCCUUUGUGCACAGCCAGCCGCUUCUCUUGGGAACAAGCUGUCCUGGGGGCCUUACCCACAAGGCAGGAGUCAGGAUGCACCAGCUCAGCACCAGGAAGUCAUCCUGGAGCAGAAGGACAGUGGAAAGGCAGGCAGAGGGAGAGGCACUCCGAGGUCAGGCAGGGUAAGCCAGUUCGCGGUCAGGUUAGGUCUACGCAGAGAACCUUGAGUUAGGAAUUCCUGGUUCUUAGAAUCGUUAUCAGUCUGGUGCAUGCUGUCACAGGGGCCGUUGCAUUUGGCUUUGUGGAGGGCCUGGAACCUUCCACAAGAACACCCGAGGUUCCAGGGCACUCAGGACAAUGUUUCCAAGGAACAAGUCGACCAGGAAAGAAAAGUGAGUUCUGCAAGGGGCAUCUAUGGAGCCUGUGAUAGGGGCUGAUGAGAUGGAAUCUGUCCCGCUUCUCAUUAACCACCCUUCGCAAACCCCAGAACCCCUCACCUCAUCUCUGUACCGUCUGCCCUCUUGGGGGAUGGGCCCUCCCACUUUCCCUGGCCUGCUCCUCCAUGCUGUGAGCUGCUUUGGCAGAUCUGUUUUUCUGUGUAGUCAGGGGAAAAACAAAAACAAAAAAACACGCACAACUGUGUGGGCAUUGUCAUAGCUGUUGAUGUCACCACUGCUUUGGGGGAAAUGGCUGGGAUAAGGCUAAUACAUUCGUGCAAUAUUUAUAUUUUCAGGGGGCUACGUUAUCAGCGUGCUCUCCCUGCCUUGGGCUUUUCUUUUCGUCAGGUAUCUGUUUUCCUUUUCGUGUUCCUUCUCCGACUUCUCGUCUCUGCUGCUCACAGGCCUGCCCAUCAGUCCCACACAGAUAUUCAGUGUCUGGUUUCUGGCCAGCUCCGUGGAGGGGCUUUAAGCAGAAUUCUGACUCUUUGGGGUGGGGGAUUAGCAACUGGGGGAAACUUAAGGAUCCAGAGAUUCCCCCAAGAGGAGUGUCUGGAAGGAUGUCUGCCUGGACAGUGGCUGAACCUUUCCAGUGUUCUUUCGUUUCUGAUUUCAUCAGUCUCAAUAAAGUUCCGAUCUCUCUUUAA